CCAAACCUUUUGAAGUUAAACAUGACUUCUAUACCUUUAGAAAUAUCGGUAGUCUCCGCCGAUGUUCUCAAAAAACCCAAGUUCUUCAACAGACCCCGCGCUUACAUCGUCGUUACGCUCGCCGGCGACUCCGUCUCGAGGCAGAGGACGCCGGUGGACGAUCGCAAUGGCGGGAAGCCGCAUUGGAAUUUCACGAUGAGGUUCGAAGUGGAACGAUUGAAGUUGCAACGAAACUCGGCCGUGCUUGUGUUUCAGCUCCGCCGCCGCAGGACUAUCGGAGACAAGGAUAUCGGGUCGGUUUACGUCCCGGUUAAAGAGCUUUUCGAUGGCGCAGGAGGCACGAACUGCAGCCGGCCGGUGGCUUUUCCGGUGAGUUCGAGGUCGGGGAAGCCGAAAGGGGUGGUUUAUUUAUCGUACAUGUUCGGAGAUUUUCCUGUCGGUACUAGUGUGUCACGAGAGUCACGUAAUUUCACUACAAGUGCAUUAGGACAGGGAGACAAAGGUAUUUUGGGGCAGAAAAUCACUAGGCCAGUUCGUCAAACAACGGUUGUCGGCGGUGCAGAGAGAGUAGGUAUUGCGGGACGGAAGAUCCCUAGGCCAGUUCGUGAAACGGCGGUUGUCGGCGGUGGAGAGAAAGUAGGUAUUGCGGGGCAGAAGAUCCCUAGGCCAGUUCAUGAAAUGGCGGUUGUCGGCGGUGGAGAGAGAGUACUAGUACUGCCUUCCGCGCCGCCACAUCCGGUGCCUUCUGCGCCACCAUGUCCGGCACCUUCGGCACCAUAUUUGCCGAUCGGUGGGUAUUUUCCGGUGAACGGUCCUUGUCCUUCGGCUCCCUAUAUCGGACAAGAUUUUGGGUCGUUGAUAUAGGGGUGAAUAAGGUAGGAUUUUUGGCUGACUUUGAUGUAGAAUCUAUCGUGUUGUUCAAUCUUUUUCAGAGUUUGAUAGUGAUUCUAUAUCCGGAGUAAUUUUAUUCUGUUGUUUGAAUUUGUUCAGUAAU